UCUCGCAGUUCAUCACUGGUACCCCUCUCUGUAAGGCUGAGAGUCCAGCCUCUUUGCAGCAGGAUUGAUGCCUCCGCUGGCUUUUUGGUGAGCAGAGUGCGACGGCACAGCAGGACACCAGCUCUGUCUAAUGGGAAUACUCGCCUCCUUACCUUAGGGGAGAAGUUACCACACAGUAUGGACAGGGAUGGGAUUUGGUUUUAGUUUAUUCCAGGUCUGGAUAACUAUUGAAAGAAGAAAAGAGAAGCCACAAAAAUAUUAGUGUCUCCAGACCUAUUCUGUCUUCUAAAUAAUCAGAUUCAGCUCCUCCAGAGAAACCACAUUUCCCUGCUCUUCUUCACGGUGUAGUAGCUUUUACCCCAGUUUAAGGAAACCAUGUCCAGGAGAAGGAUGAAAGCCCUGACCCGUAUAGGCCGGCAGGUCAGCGAGGACCCAGAUUUAGACAACCUGCUGUCCACCCUCUCCCCGGAGGAGGUGGAGGAGCUGCAGCAGGACAUGAUGAAAGUGCCGGACCUCAAGCCGGAGGAUGAUAAGGUCCUCGCCCCAGGGGAGAGCCAAGCUGCCGCGCCGUCUACGAGCAACAACGACCGGGACUGUAAACUGGACAGCAGGCGAGAGAGUGACCGUAAAGGGAGGCUCAGCGAGAGGGAGCCGUCAUUGGAGGGAGACACAAAGAAGGAAAGCCGGAAGCAGGAAUAUCUGAGGAAGAUGGGCCUGAGCCAGGAGGGGAACGACGACGUGACGGUAGGGCUGCGAAGACAAGCUAGUGUCUCAGGUGAAAAAGAUAUUAAGGUGGAGGACAGAAACAGCAAAGGACCUGGAAACUCGAACGAGGAGGGGAGUCGUCUUUCGAGCCGGUACAGGAAGCAGGAAAGCAGAGAGAGUGAUGUGAAAGAGGACAGUGAGAAGCAGGAAGACAACAAGAUAAGAGACCGAAGAGACAACAGAGAGAGCACAGGUAGCAAAACAAAGGAUAUGAUCUCUAAGCUACAGGAAAAAAAGGAUGACAGCAAAGACAAGAAAGAGGACUGCAGGAGAAAAGAUGAAAGCAAAACCAAAGACAUUAUCUCGAAGCUACGAGAAAAACAAGAGAAGGAAGUCGGCAAGGAGAAGGACAGGCGAUCUGAAGGUUUCAGGACAUCGGGACUUGUCUCUAAAAUGUUGGAGAAGCAGAGCAAGGCCCAAGAAAGCCCGGCUCCGGAGAGUAAACCCGAAGAGAAGAAGCCUAAAGCUGAGGAGAAGAGAGCUGAAGAUACAAAGAAGCCUGAGGUGAAACUUGAGCGACAGGCAUCAGAGAAAGGUGAGGUGCAGGUGAAACAAGACAAGGCCGAGAACAGAAGCGACAGAGAAGAGUUGGUUAACCAUAGUGACCACGUCAAAGAGAAGGAGAAGAAAGUAGAGGAGAAAAAGGAUGACGAGGAGAAAAAAGAAAAAGUAAAGAAAGCUGAGGAAAGUGAGAAACUUGGCAACUGUGUGGCCAAAAACAGUCCAAUCAGCAAGGCCAAGGAAGAGGAGGACGAGGAAGAAGACUCAAGCAUGUUUGAUGAGCUGAUGGAGCAGGUUCGGAGCAACGACCCCUCGCUCACUGAGCUCAACGUCAACAACUCAGAGGUCAUAAAGACGAAAACGCUCAUUGAGUUUGCAGAGGCUUUGCACAAGAACACCAAUAUUAAGAAGUUUGCUUUGGCUAACUGCCGUGCGGACGACCACGUGGCUUAUGCCAUCUCGGGCACGCUGCGCAACAACAAGACCAUCACCAGCAUCAACGUGGACUCCAACCAUCUCACCGGCAAGGGCAUCCUGUCUCUGAUCCAGGCGCUGCCACACAACGCCACCCUGACUGAGCUCCGCUUUCAAAACCAGCGUCACAUCUGUGGCGGGAAGACCGAGAUGGAGAUGACCAAGGUCCUGAAGGAGAACUUCACGCUGCUCAAACUGGGCUACCACUUCGAGUUAGCCGGACCCAGGAUGACUACCACAAACAUCCUGAGUCGCAACAUGGACCGACAGAGGCAGAAGCGCCUGCAGGAGCAGAAGCUGGCCCAGGCCAAUGGAGAGAAGAAGGGGGCGCUUGAGGUCCCCAAAACAGGGGGUGGAGGAUCUCUGAGAAACUCGCCAAGAGCGUCCCCUAAACCUUCUCCCAUACCCUCGCCUAUGCCAUCACCAAAGCUGACUCCUAAAAGAGGAGCUGGAGGUGGGGCUCCACCACCACCCCCGCCUCCACCUGGGGGUGGACCACCGCCUCCUCCCCCUCCCAUGCUGAAUGUAGACGCCCUGAGGAACUCUCUGACCCCCGUGUCCCAGAGGAAGCUGGAUGGAAAAAGCCCGGGAGGUAGUGAGAACACGAGGGACCAACUGCUCGCCUCAAUCAGAGGGAACACUAAGAAACAACUCAAGAAGGUGGAAGUGCCAAAGUGGUUGCAAUGAUAUUUGCUUUGGAAUGUGCCAUGAAAGGGAAGAAAGAGGGAGAAGCGGUUUUCAACAUGAACUCUACAGCCUCCAGAUGCAGUUGAAGAAUUGCACUUCGGGACGGAGAAAAGCGAAACAUGAGAUGCCCAUAGGUCUAAUGACGAGCCCUCACUAUAAGUUCUCCCCUCAACACUGGACCUAAAGUACUCUGUCGGGAAUGAGUGAUGCAGGGCUCUCUGACAGCCGACUGCCACGUUCUGUGGUUGUUUGUCUUCAGUACAUAUUGCCGCUUUGCUGGUUAUUUGCACUAGAUAAUAUGAAGCCCAUCAUAUAACAUGUUGGCUUCUGUAUGCAUCUGAAUGUGAGCGUGAUGAGAGUGCGAUUAGUUUAUUAAUAAGAGAUACAAUUAAUUCUUUAUGAAAUUCUAAUAUACAAAAAAAAGUUUAUCGUUGAUAUAGUGGACAUUAAUUUGACCAUUUAUUUAUUUUUUGAGAGAGAAUCUUUCUUAUACUUGUACGUCGUAAAUCUGUUCAAACUGGGAAUUCUGAUAUUAAUGAUCAGGAAAUAACAAACAUGGCGGCCUGACUUAAGAAAAAUCUGGGUAAUAAAAAAGAGAAAGGUCAAGUGGUCUUUGAUUGUGUGUCUCAUUCCCAUAUCUCAAAACAUCUCAGGCAGGGUUUAAUGGAUUGGAAAGAAGCCCAUUGGAAUCCAGGUGCAUGACGAAAGAGUUUUAACAUAGAAAUAAUGACCUGACGCAUUUGAACAGAAAGUACAAAUGGCUGCCCUUCAGUAUCUGAUGUUAUAUUUUGUACAGUCUUUCUAAUACCUUCCAUAACUUGUAAUGAAAUGCAUCCACAUGUCUUAAACGUAAGCGUAUUUUAAAACGAUUACUGGCAUACUUUUCAAUACCAUACUUUUAAGUGAAUGUAAUUUCUAAAGGGGUUUAAUGUGAUGAAUAAAAAUCAGAGUGCCUUUCAUGUGUGCUCCGUGUAACAAUUCUGUUAUAUCUGAUUACACAUGUCUUUCUUACCGAGCCUGUAUGUCUUCAAUAAAAUAUUUUGGUAUGU